AGCAGCUCAAACCGCAUAGCCGGGCACAGUCUGACCGCUUGGUUUUCCAGGAUCAUGUUGGACGACCACAGUCAGGGGGAUGAGGGCGACGAGUCGUCGGACAAGAGCGAAGAGUGGAGCAAAACAGGAUGGCUCAAAUACGUGCUCGAUUGCUUCAAAAAUAAGGAGAAGACUCCACUCCCUGAAGGGUGGCAACUUCAUUUCAUCAAUGAGGCGGUCUUCGCCUUCAAGAGCGGGGAUGAGGAGUGCGUGGAUGAAGAGUGCGUCGACGAAACGUUGGCGGCAGAGCUGUUUGAGGUGACGCAGAUGAUCCGGAACGCAUGGAAGAAAGGUGAGUAUGAUAACAGCGACACGAACUUUUUCUACGAUUAUGUGUCCCUGCUUGGCACUUUGCAGAAUCAAUGCUUCUUUAGUGAGGAGGAGACUACACAAUUCCUUUUGUGGCUCAAAGAGGCGGUGGAUAGCAUUAUCUUGGGCGCCAGACCUGCUGCACCUGGCAGUGCUUCGUGCCCCGCGUGGGAUGUGGCCGUCAGAGUCCCUGGUUUGUGUGAAGUAAUCGUAGCCACGGUAUGAUGGUCCUCUCAUGGUCCUCUCAUGGUCCUCUCGCCUUAGCCGAUGCUGCGACAAAACGUUGGUAGCAGAAUGAAAAGUUUCCAGGCUCAGUGAUGAUUUGACGGAGCUCAAAGACAUGCCUUUCUAAAUUACCAGGCCUGGGAGCAAGGUCACUGCUUUGCUUGAAAUUUCCGCAUGGAAGUUUGUUCAGUGAAAAGAAGGCUAUGGUUACGUCUCAAAAUCAGCACCAAGAUAUCUGGCUUGUGUUCCGGUCCUUUUCAUCUACUGAGUGCAUUUUCUUUGGAGACACCCACAAAGCACAUGGGUUCAUAGGUUGCGGCCGAAUGCACCAUGCGUCGGUCCGACUCUGCAGCUUUUCAGCUUGUCCAUGUUCAACUGCCGAAGCUGUUGGUGGUUUGGGCUGUGUGUGUGUGUG